UAGUCUCUAUCGUCAACGCCAAGCGUGAGAUUUGCUUGACACAGACUAAAGGAAGAGAAUCGAAGCGAAAUCGGAAACCCUGGAGGAAAAUAAAUGGAGUACAGGAACUUGGGGAGAUCUGGAUUGAAGGUGAGCACGCUCUCGUUCGGCGCUUGGGUAACCUUCGGGAACCAGCUCGAUGUGAAGGAUGCAAAGUCAAUUCUCCAGUGUUGUCGCGACCAUGGCGUCAAUUUCUUCGACAACGCCGAGGUUUACGCUAAUGGCCGAGCCGAAGAGAUCAUGGGCCAGGCGAUUCGCGAGCUGGGUUGGCGCCGAUCCGAUAUCGUCGUCUCCACUAAGAUCUUCUGGGGUGGGCCUGGUCCUAACGACAAGGGUUUGUCGCGGAAACACAUCGUCGAAGGAACCAAGGCUUCCCUCAAACGGCUUGAUAUGGAUCAUGUCGACGUGCUCUACUGCCACAGGCCAGAUACUUCAACUCCUAUAGAGGAGACGGUGAGGGCGAUGAACUAUGUGAUUGACAAGGGGUGGGCAUUCUACUGGGGCACAAGCGAGUGGUCUGCCCAACAGAUAACAGAGGCAUGGGCAGUUGCCGAGAGGUUGGACUUGGUCGGUCCAAUUGUCGAGCAGCCGGAGUACAACAUGUUUGCCCGGCACAAAGUUGAAACAGAGUUCCUCCCUCUGUACACCAACUAUGGCCUAGGUCUCACUACGUGGAGCCCGCUUGCAUCUGGUGUGCUCACCGGAAAAUACAGCAAUGGAGUUAUUCCUCCCGAUAGCCGUUUCGCAUUGGAGAAUUACAAGAAUCUUGCUAACAGAUCACUGGUAGAUGAUGCUCUGACGAAAGUUAACGAUCUCAAACUGAUUGCGGAUGAACUGGGAGUGUCGUUAGCUCAGCUCGCGAUCGCUUGGUGUGCAUCAAAUCCGAACGUGUCAUCUGUCAUAACGGGUGCCACGAAAGAGUCGCAGAUCCAAGAAAACAUGAAGGCCAUUGAUGUUAUCCGGUUGAUGACACCUUCGGUUCUGGACAAGAUCGAGCAAGUGAUACAGAGCAAGCCGAAACGUCCGGAGUCGUAUCGGUAACUAAACGAAGAAGCUUCUUCUCCUCCUCCUCCUCGUCGGAUCUCACAGUUCGUUGUGUUGUUGUUUGUUGUGUACUUUGUGUUUCGAAACAUGAUGUCCGCAACUACUAUCCACGUUUAACUUUUAUUUAUAUGUAUAGAUAUGUGAACAAGUGGUAUCAAAACAUAUAUAUGCAUAAUAUACGAUGAAAAUUACAGAAUA